AUGUCUUACGCUGAAGCUGCUGCUAAAGGUGCCUCUCAACCACCUGAGGAGAUACAAGCUAAUCCUUAUAGUCGCGCCCCCAUUCCCCCACAGGUUGAAAAAACUGAAUCCGUCAGCACCGCAUCAUUGAUUGAUGUCGACGCCCCCUCGGUCCAAUCCGUCCACUCUGACUUCCUCGAUCAAGAAGUCAAGACCACCACACAAGCCGAACGACUCGCGCGAGAAGCCGAGCAGGCAGCUCUUGCCCAAGAACAAGCCGCUGCCGCUGCUGCUGCUUCCGGCAAGAAAGGAAAGAAGUCUAAAGCUCAGGGUUUGAGCAAAAACGCACAGAAUCCAGUAUACUUGGGUAAUGCGUUUAUUAUUACUGCGCUUAGUGCUGCGCUCGGAUACAGUGCUUACCGAAAGCAUACAGAAGGAAAACUUUCGUGGGAGGUUACUGGUAUCUGGGCUGGUGCUGUAGGCUUGUUUGCUGGUGCCGACUACUUUGUUAGCAAGUGGCUUAUUCAGAACAAAUAUCCCAAGAAGGACUAAGAGUUCUGAAGAAUUCUCUUUUCUCUUCUUUUAUAUCCAUUUGGGUCUACUCGGUAUUCCGCAUGAGGGAAGAAAUGAUUAUCAUACCAGAAAUCAUCAUCCCAUUCAUGCGUCUCAUCUCUUUUUUGUCUGAGUACUGGAGUUGGUUGGGUAGCGUGUCUCCUCUCUAUUUGCUGAAUCGCAUUUGAGAUGCUAUUUGUAGAUGUAAAUAGGGUUUUAUAUCAUUAAUAAACUGGGCGCUUUUCUUCAAUGAUCAGACUGAGACGAAUUCAUAGGUUUCGAGUGUUGGAAGUGAAGCAGAUCAAG